CACCAACUAUACAUUUCAUUUUCUCAUGUAGAAGUUGAGUACAGCAAAAGUGGGAAUGAGCAGCAAAACGUGGAGGUAAUUCCCACGAGCCAAUAACGGUCAAUGGUGUCCUGUCGGACAUGGAACUGUAUAAGAUUGUGGCCAUAUUUGUUUUCGUAAUCAAAAGCUUAACAAGUCCUAGCUAGGUUUACUGCUAGUUAGCCAUGGAUGAGAAUUUGGAGCUGAGGCUUAUUGCAGAACGAGAAGAAGAGAAAAGUGAUCUGAAGAGAAGAGUUUGGGUUGAAACAAAGAAAAUAUGGAGGAUUGCUUUUCCUACAAUGUUGACUAGAGUCACUUCCUAUGGAAUGAUUGUUGUCACACAAUCAUUUCUUGGUCACAUUGGAGAAGUCCAGCUUGCCACUUUUGCACUCAUUCAAAGCAUUUUCGUACGGUUUAUCAAUGGUAUUCUGAUUGGAAUGUCGAGUGCGACUGAAACACUAUGCGGGCAAGCAUUUGGAGCAGGACAAUACCACAUGAUGGGGAUAUACCUGCAACGAUCCUGGAUUGUAGAUUGCCUUAUGGCGACGGUAUCAGUCCCGCUAUUGGUUUUCGCUUCACCCAUCUUCAAACUGCUCGGGCAGGAAGAGGAGAUUGCGGAAGCAGCUGGGAAUAUAUCUCUGUGGUUUAUCCCAAUGCUUUACCAGAUGGUGUUUCAACUAACCAUGCAAAUGUUCCUCCAAGCUCAGCUCAAAAACUUUAUUGUUGGAUGGCUAAGUGCUUUUGCAUUUGCUCUUCACUUGUUAUUGUCAUGGAUCCUGGUUUACAAGCUAAACUGGGGUGUUGCUGGGGCAAUGGGUUCCUUGAAUAUAUGUUGUUGGAUUAUGGUUGUAGGGGAGUUUGUGUUCAUCUUAGGUUGGUGCCCCAAUACAUGGAAAGGAUUCUCCAAGGCUGCCUUGUAUGAUUUAUGGCCUACAAUAAAGCUGUCCAUGGCCUCUGGCCUCAUGAUUUGCUUAGAGUUGUGGUACUAUGCCAUUCUUGUGCUGCUGGCUGGAUAUAUGAAAAAUGCAACCAUUGCCAUCGAUGCAUUCUCCAUCUGCCUCAAUGUCAAUGCAUGUGAAUUCAUGAUCUGCCUAGGCUUAACUGGUGCAGCAAUAGUUCGGGUAGCCAACGAACUAGGAAGAGGAAAUGCGAAAGCAUUGAAAUUUGCAAUAAAAACAAUAAUGAGUGAAUCAAUAUGCAUUGGAAUGUUAUUCUUUGUAUUGUGUUUAGGGUGUUGGCGUCAAAUUUCCUACUUGUUUACAAGUGAUGAACAAGUUGCACAAGUUAUAUCAUCUCUCUCAGAUCUUCUUGCCAUUUCAGUCUUGUUCAAUAGUAUUCAAGCAGUAUUAAGCGGUGUAGCAAUUGGAACUGGAUUCCAGAGUACAGUAGCAAUAGUGAACUUGGGAUGCUUUUAUAUUGUAGGAGUACCUGUUGGAGUUAUGUUGGGUUAUGUUAUGAAUAUUCAAGUUACGGGACUAUGGAUUGGAUUGCUUAGUGGGGUGGCAUUACAAAUCAUCAUCCUUGUAUUCAUAGUUUGGAGAAUAGAUUGGGAUGAACAAGUUGAAAAUACUUCUCAACGUCUCAACCAUUGGCUUAUAGAAGAAGAAGAAGAAGAAGAAGAAGAAGAAGAAGAAGAAGAAGAAGAAGAAGAAGAAGAAGAAGAAGAAGAAGAAGAAGAAGAAGAAGAAGAAGAAGAAGAAGAAGAAGAAGAAGAAAAUCAAAUUCAAAGCCUACCUUGAGCUUAAUUUUAACUAAGAAUUUUCAUCUAGAUUUUUAGUUGCUUCAUCUACAACAUUAUUUUUUCUUAACUUGCUUUGGAUGAUUACGUUGUUCGAAAAAUAAUCACUUCAAGUCGGAUUGAAAAAAAGAUGUUGAACAAUUAAAA